AUGGGGCAAGGGAGAGUUGAGGGCAUGAUGCAAAACCUAGAUUCUAGGUUAAGCACCUUGGAUGGUCGGGUAGGUCACAUAGAGAGGAACCUUGGGAGGGGUUUAUACCCCAUGUACGAUGACUAUGCACUCCGAGGGGCUAUCCCCCCCGAGGAAUUAGUUCCUGACUGGUUCCAAUACCCCCAAGGAGGGCAUUCCACCCCCGGAGAAUUUGGUACUUAUGUGGACUACUCUUCAGUACAUGGAUAUGGGGGUGAUGCUCCUUUUGGGGGUAUGGGGGGAAAUGUGAACCCUAACUACUUUGCAGGUGGUUCGGGUUAUGGUGGUGCUGGAACGAGCCAGGGUGGUGCCGGCUCGAGCUAUGGAGGAGGGUAUGAGAGGAUGGAUGAUGAUGAGGAGUAG